AUGACGAAGAAGAUGUACUGGGCGCGGUCCGGCUCCGGCGGCUCUGGGCAGGCGGCGGUCUCCGCCGCCACGGGAAGGGCGAAAGGGUUCGUGCAGGGCGUCGUGACGUACACGGUCACGGACAACCUCACCGUGACCCCCAUGUCCGCCAUCUCCAGCAUCACCCUGCUCAGCACCUUCCGCGUCAGGGACCUCAGCGCGCUACAGGAGAAGAUCGUGCGGAUCGGCUACAAGGAGGGUUUGGCGAUUCUCAAGGCGUCGCUGCAGUCCAAGACCGUUCUCACCGACGUCUUCCUCGCCCACAGGGCUCCACGAUCGGCUGCCUAA